CUACGCUACAACUGAAUGCAUUUCCUGUGUGACAGAAUCUACCCCCGUGGAAAAUGCGCUCAACGCAUCCCUGUGCAAACACGGUCGUGGAUCACAUUUCUGUAUCGUAAACACGCAGCGGCACUAAGGCUUUACACUGGGAAUUUUUAUGUUUCUCCUUGUGCUGAUAAGGUCCACAGGAGGCCUCUCCAAGGGCUUUGGUAUCAUCCCGGCUACUUUAGGUAACGGUGCGUCGAAUCGCCGCCCAUCUCUGGGGUGCGUUCAAGUGAAAACGUUUCAUCUGGUUUGCACUUGUUUCCAAGCGGCUGUCUCGCUGCGAGGGGUUUGGAUCUGCGGGACAUUUGCUGCCAUAUUCCUUUUGAUUUGUGCGUCUUCUCGAAGUCAGUCGAAGCGGACACGGACAGGAGCAGCCACCGAGUUUUUCAGCAUCGAACCAAACGCGCCGCCGGCUCUGGUGAACAACACUGUGGCGGCUCUGAACGCGACGCAGAGCCGGAGUAACAAUAUCCGGAGGUUUUACAAUACCGUUAUGCACCUUUCUCCGAUGCAGCGGUCCUGUGAAGAAGCACUCCUCUCUUACAGAAAGGGCAACUAAUGACUAGUGGAUUUAUUGAGUAACCGGAUAAUCAUGGGAGUGGAUGUCCCUGGACUGGUGGCCGUGGUGGUUUUUUAUGUUUUCAUCCUGGUAAUUGGAAUCUGGGGCUCCAGGAAAUCCAAGAAAGUGGAGAAGACAUGUGCCGACAGCAAGAGCGAAGUCACCAUCGUUGGUGGCCGCAACAUCAAUGCCCUGGUCGGGGUUUUCACCAUGACAGCAACUUGGGUUGGAGGGGGUUACAUCAUGGGAACCGCUGAGGCUGUUUAUACUCCUACUCAAGGUCUCAUCUGGGCCAUUGGUCCUCCUGCAUAUGUUAUCAAUUUGUUUUUGGGAGGAUUGUUUUUUGCCAAACCCAUGAGGUCGAAGCGUUACGUGACCAUGCUGGACCCAUUUCAGAAUCGCUAUGGCAACGUGUUCACUGCAACACUCCUGCUUCCUGCCUUAGUCAGUGAUAUUUUGUGGGUCGCCUGCAUCCUUGCUGCUCUGGGAGGAACAAUGAGCGUAAUUCUCGGGCUGUCGUCUGCCAUCUCCAUCGUCAUCUCGGCAGCUGUCUCCAUCAUAUACACUUUCCUGGGAGGUCUCUACUCGGUGGCAUAUACUGAUAUCAUCCAGCUGUGUUUCAUCUUUGUCAGCCUGUGGCUCUGUAUUCCUUUUUUGUUGCUCAGUCCUGCAGUUACUGACAUCACACCAACGGCCCACCUCAACCAAUCAAGCGGACACGCCUGGCUAGGGGAGCUGGAGCUGGCAGAUGCUGGAAAAUGGACCGAUGACGUGCUGCUAUUGGCUUUAGGCGGACUGGCAUAUCAAGCUCUAUACCAGAGAAUCCUGUCUGCAGCCUCCUCUGUUCAGGCUCAGAUCACCUGUUUUGCUGCGGCUGGGACAAUUUUUAUAAUGGGAAUCCCUUCUGUUGUCAUUGGAGUUGUGGCUGCUUCUGCAGACUGGAACCAGACACGGUAUGGUCUACCUCCUCCUUUUGAACGAGGGGAUGCAGGGAAGAUCUUGCCACUUGCCCUGCAAAACCUCACACCCACCUGGGUCUCCGUGUUAGGCGUUGGUUCUGUGGCUGCAGCAGUUAUGUCCUCCAUGGACUCUGUGCUGCUGUCAUCAGCAUCCAUGUUUACACAAAACAUAUACAAGACGACUUUGAGGAAGCAGGCGUCGCAGAGGGAGUUGCAGUGGGUGAUCCGUCUUAGUGUGCUGCUGGUGGGCCUGGCAGGAACAGGCCUGGCCUUUGGUGAUGACAGCGUGUUCUCUCUCUGGAUACUAAGCGGGGACCUCGUCUACUGCAUCAUCUUCCCACAGCUGGUCUGUGUGCUGCACUGCCGUUGUGCCAAUACCUAUGGUGCUAUGAGUGGCUACAUAGUAGGUCUGCUGCUGCGUUUGAUGAGUGGGGAGCCAGUGCUUGGGAUCCCUCCCGUCCUCCUGUACCCUGGUUGGAGGGAGGAGAACGGAGUCAUCAAGCAGUACUUCCCCUACAGGACUCUGGCCAUGCUGUCCUCUGUGAUAUCUGUUGCUGCCGUGUCCUGGCUGGUGGAGCUGGGUUUCAGUAAACAACUCAUUCCCCAAUCCUGGGAUUUACUGCGAGUGUAUGAAGAGCAAAUAGAGACAGAGGGAGAUGAGAUACCUGUCCACUGCGAUGAGGACGAUAGUGCUCGUAAUACAAAAUUCUAAGCUAAUUUAAGUACAAACCUCAAAGUGUACCUAAACCUGCACAAUCUCUGACCACAGGUAUCCUGAGAGGGAGUCUUUGAGGCAGCUGAGUCAUUCAGUCACUCUUUUUUAAGAUUAUUCUUUAGCAUUUCUGCUUUUAUUAGAUAGAUACAGUGGACAGAGACAGUAAAUGUAGAGAAAGAGAGAAGGGGAAUGACAUACAGGAAGGGUCCACCCCGGCUAGAAAUGCACCCAGGGGAUUCGCUGCUUGAAGGCAUUUGUGCCCAUGUUGUAUUCAUGCUGACCACUAAUGUCUCUUUGGGAAAAAAAUUGUUGUAGAGUCACAUAUAAUUCCAACUGAGAUUUCAGAACUAUAGUCUUGUCUACUCAAACUUUUUUAAGCGAGUCCAACUCGGUGCAGGUGAUGCCAUUUUAGUGCAUUCGCCAGUUUAACACUUUCUAAGAGGCAGUUUUGCCUCUUUGCAUUGUUUAAGCGGUGAGAGCACAAAGCUUUAAAGCAGUUAAAGAUGCAGUACUUGAGUACCCUGAGUGUUCCUCAGACUCUCACAAGAGGUGCCUUUUGGUAUAAGUGUUUACUGUUUUAUUCUUUCGAGGGAUCAUAAUUUAAGUGCCAUCCAAAUAGAAAAUUACACUUGAGUCAUUCCUUCUUAAAUCAUCCCAUUUUUAGAACAGUUUCUGCUCGGCCAUCUCAGACUUGCCUGAAUUUAUUUACUUUUUGUAGAAAUUUGUCCACCGCUUUAUUAGGAAACAUUUCAACCCACUUUCAACAGACUAUUUUUCACAUUGAAAUUUGAAGCACAGUUUGAAUGACAAUAUCAGAAAAUAUUAAAGAUAAAGACCAACAAUUUUUCCCCUUUUUUAACUCAUCAUGUCAUUGAUUCAGAAUUCACAAAAUUGGACAAGCAGAUCAAAUGAUCUCUGAAUAUGGGUGAGCUGGAAAAAAAAUGAAGCCGUCAUGAAACAUUCCAUCUCUGAGCACACAUUAGUAAAGACGCUGAUGAUGCAGAGCCUAACCAAGAAUAUUUUCUGAGCCCCAUGCAGUUGUAUUUCACAAUAAUAUAAAACAAGACUUUUUAAUGUGAAAUACUUGGUCAGAAAACAUUUGAAAAGUUCUUUUCUUAACUGAUUGAGCAAGUUGCACCACAGAAACAAAAAUAUCACUGCCUGAUUCAAGUUGAAAAGCGAUCUGGAGUUUCAAAAAUGGUUCUCAGAAUAGAAGUAAAAUAAAUAAAAAUGAUUGGCCAUAGAUGGAAUUUUCUAAACCCCACUGUAUAAGCACAAACCUUAGUGUGGAGGAGACCUGUUACAGAGUUUUGUGUAAUUUCUUUGACAAGUAUCACUGCAUUAAAACAUUAGGAAGCUAUCAACAAAACAUUAUGUGAGACAGUCUGUCAUUCCUGCUCAGUCAGUUAUGAAAAUAACCCUUUUUCAUUAUUUUGAUUAAGUUUUUCAUAUUAAAAAGUAUCCAGUAUGUUUUGUGUUGUAUUCCUGUGACAUGCAACUACAAAUGAUUCUGAAAAUAUCAUUAGUUGAUGUCUGCAUUAUCUUUUUUAAUCCUUUUCGAAGUCUUCCAACUCAUCCUUAAUCAGAGAUUAUUUGAUCUACUUGCAGAUUCUGAAUCAAUGGCUUAAAAACAAAAAAACAAUGAAAAAUUCAGGCUUUUAUUUUUGAAUAGUUCCUCAGAUAUUGUCAUUCAAGCACAGCCUCAAACAAAACCCAAAACAAGCAAUCAAAAAAUGCUGAAUGUGGGUUAAUGGGCAAUUAAAAAAAAAAAAAAUCUGGGAAAGUAUUGGAUAUAUCAGUCCAAAAUUUAACAGAUACCAUUUUAAAUGCCUAUAGUUCAUGAUAAAAACAACAGUUUUAGGCAAUUCAAAGAUGGCCAGGCAGAGGGCCCCUACUGAUUUGAGACAGAAUAAUCCACUUACUGUUUUAUAGAUGGUUUGUUAUUGCAGGUGUUCAUAAAAAUGAAGGAUGCCUCUAAUCUUUGCACUCCAUAGAUUCUCAGUGUUGGUGUGUUCAUGUGUGAAAAAGGCCUAAAACGGUGCCAAAAUACAAGUUCUGUGCGUUAUUUAAAUUACUCGAGUGACUUGCUUUUUUUUUUUAUCUUAAACGACAGCUAUUAUUAUUUUUUACCUACAAUAUUUACACCACUUUAAAGUAUUUACCUUUUGUCGUCUCAAAAGCAAUGACUUGACUUUAUGUUUAGUAGUAUUUUGCACAUUUUGAAAUCACAACUGUAAUACGUUCAUUGCAGCAGCAGAGGGCGACACGUAAACACUGAAAGGCCCUACAAGGAGCUUCACCAGAGUCAUGAGAUGGUGAUUCUACUUUCCCCCCUCACUCCCUCCCAAAAAACAGAAAUAAAGAAAAAAAGAAGAAGAAAGAAAUCCACAAAAUUGCACCUUAAAGCUACGCACGCACACUCACACAUAAAACAAUUUGUUCAGUGUCAGUCUUGCAUAGUUGCAUAUCGAUUUUUCCUAACCAUCUCAUUAUAAGAUGAGUUAAAAAAUAUAUAUAUAUCAAACUUCAAUUUUAAAGUGAAUAAAAAAAACGAGGUUUUGUUCAGUGCCAGUCACCCACAGUUACACAGGUAUUCCGUCCAUUCUUGAUCCCGUUUUGUUUCUGACACUUCACUUGUCUCCUGCAUGUAACAUAAGUUAUUGCAUGUACCUGUAAGAUUACACUUCUGUGCAAAUAAAUGCCUCCUCCGAUUUAA